CUGGGUUUGGCUAUGGAUCGGACUACCCAGAUCUGGACGUCCAACCUGCGGAGCCCACAAUUCUCGGUUCUGAUGCUGGCUUUAAUAUCUUCGAAACCCAGGGAAACCCAUAUUCCAAUCUGUAGGGCUCGAAUAGUGCGCUGUUGGGCGGAGAGAACUCCAUCGACGUCCAUCAGGCACGGGUUCCACGGGAAAUUCAAUACGAUAUUAUCCCAGGCUUGACCGUGGUAGAUCCCAUGGCCAACUACAUCAGUAACAGAAACUUCGGCGGCAUUUUCUCUCAGGUUUCCCCAGAUACAAAUCAUUCGCUACAACCAUACCCCCCAGUACUCGAUCCCAACCUCUCAACACAAUUGGCAACAAACAAUACUCUCAUUCAGCCAAUGGACUUCAUGUUUUCUUGCAAUUUCUGUGCUCAAAAUUUUGAAACAGACGAUGACCGACGCCAGCACGAACGCAUUCACUUGCUACCCGUUGCUUGCCCUCUUUCGUAUUGUGACACCAGAACGAAAGAAAAACGGGAGAUGGAGCACCAUCUCCGGAGCACGCACCCGGUAUAUGCGGAGGAGAAGGGAAUACCAGACGAAUCAUGUGUUUGUCCAGAGUGCGGCCAGGAUUUCACGUUGAAGAAAAACUUCGAUCGUCACUUCAAGAAGCAACACCCCAAGCCGAAAGCGGCACUGAGUCCCGAAGAUGGAUGAAGAGGCAGAACAACAGGGAUUACGGAUAAAAUGGUAUGAUUGGGAUAACGCUGGCUGUCUUUCCUUUUUGUCAACACUCGUCAG